CAAUGAACCAUAGGGUUAUUCAUGUAACUUUGGUUCUUAUAUAAACACCUACUAGGGUUUCUUCUCUGCCCACGUAGUCAGUCUUUGAGCAGCCGCAGGAGGCAUCGAACCCAGGAGGAGGAGGAGAAUGUCUCACAGGAAGUUUGAGCAUCCUAGGCAUGGGUCCCUUGGAUUUCUUCCAAGGAAGAGGGCUUCUCGUCACAGAGGAAAGGUGAAGGCAUUCCCUAAGGAUGAUCCAAGCAAGCCUUGCAGCCUUACUGCCUUCAUUGGUUACAAGGCUGGAAUGACUCAUAUUGUCAGGGAGGUUGAAAAGCCCGGAUCUAAGCUUCACAAAAAGGAAACUUGCGAGGCUGUUACAAUUAUUGAAACUCCUCCCAUGGUUGUGGUUGGAGUUGUGGGGUAUGUAAAGACCCCACGUGGCCUUCGCUCUUUGAACACUGUUUGGGCUCAGCAUCUGAGUGAAGAGGUAAAGAGAAGGUUCUAUAAGAACUGGUGCAAAUCCAAGAAGAAGGCUUUCUCUAAGUACUCACAGCAGUAUGAGUCUGAGGAUGGUAAGAAGAACAUCCAGGCACAGCUGGAGAAGAUGAAGAAGUAUGCAACAGUCAUUCGAGUUUUGGCUCACACCCAGAUUAGGAAGAUGAAGGGAUUGAAACAGAAGAAAGCUCAUCUGAUGGAGAUUCAGGUCAAUGGUGGGACUAUUGCUCAGAAGGUGGAUUAUGCAUACGGUUUCUUUGAAAAACAAAUCCCCAUAGAUGCUGUUUUCCAGAAAGAUGAAAUGAUUGAUGUGAUUGGUGUCACAAAGGGUAAAGGAUAUGAGGGUGUUGUGACCCGUUGGGGUGUAACCCGCCUUCCUCGCAAGACUCACAGGGGUCUUCGCAAGGUGGCUUGUAUUGGUGCUUGGCAUCCUGCCAGAGUAUCAUUUACAGUUGCCAGGGCUGGUCAGAAUGGUUACCACCACCGUACUGAGAUGAACAAGAAGAUCUACAGGGUUGGUAAGACAGGUCAGGAGACCCACUCAGCAAUGACGGAGUAUGACAGAACUGAGAAGGAUAUUACUCCAAUUGGUGGUUUCCCCCACUAUGGUGUGGUGAAGGACGAUUAUCUUAUGAUUAAGGGUUGCUGUGCCGGACCUAAGAAGAGGGUGGUCACACUCCGCCGGUCACUUCUUACACAGACAUCUCGAGUGGCAAUGGAAGAGAUCAGACUCAAGUUCAUUGACACUUCCUCAAAGUUUGGACAUGGCCGCUUCCAGACAACACAGGAGAAGCAGAAGUUUUAUGGACGGCUGAAGGCUUGAUUAUAUGCUACCUUAUCAGAAAUCUAGUCAUCAUAGUAAAAUAGGACAUUUGGUUCUCUACCUUUGAUACUUGUUCCAUUGGAUAAUUUUGUUUUAAGUUUUGGAUUGUUGAAGAGUUUGAACGUCCGUCUUUUUGUUUUGGAUUAAGUAAACUUCUUGAAGAUGGGUUACUUUUUGGCUUAUUUAUCUAUUUGGUUUUUUUGUGGUUUGAA